AUGACACGUCAUAACUCUCUUCAUUACCUUCACAGCCCACGGCCAGCCCACGGCCAGCCCACGGCCAGACCACGGCCAGACCACGGCCAGCCCACGGCCAGACCACGGCCAGACCACGGCCAGCCCACGGCCAGCCCACGGCCAGACCACGGCCAGCCCACGGCCAGCCCACGGCCAGACCACGGCCAGACCACGGCCAGCCCACGGCCAGACCACGGCCAGCCCACGGCCAGCCCACGGCCAGACCACGGCCAGCCCACGGCCAGACCACGGCCAGCCCACGGCCAGCCCACGGCCAGACCACGGCCAGACCACGGCCAGACCACGGCCAGCCCACGGCCAGCCCACGGCCAGACCACGGCCAGCCCACGGCCAGACCACGGCCAGACCACGGCCAGACCACGGCCAGCCCACGGCCAGACCAGGGCCAGCCCACGGCCAGCCCACGGCCAGACCACGGCGGCCAGCCCACGGCCAGCCCACGGCCAGACCACGCGCCAGACCCACGCCAGCCCACGGCCAGCCCACGGCCAGCCCACGGCCAGCCCACGGCCAGACCACGGCCAGCCCACGGCCAGCCCACGGCCAGACCACGGCCAGACCACGGCCAGACCACGGCCAGACCACGGCCAGCCCACGGCCAGACCACGGCCAGACCACGGCCAGCCCACGGCCAGACCACGGCCAGCCCACGGCCAGACCACGGCCAGACCACGGCCAGCCCACGGCCAGACCACGGCCAGACCACGGCCAGCCCACGGCCAGACCACGGCCAGACCACGGCCAGCCCACGGCCAGACCACAGCCAGACCACAGCCAGCCCACGGCCAGACCACAGCCAGACCACGGCCAGCCCACGGCCAGACCACAGCCAGACCACGGCCAGACCACAGCCAGACCACGGCCAGCCCACGGCCAGACCACAGCCAGACCACAGCCAGACCACAGCCAGACCACCUCAACGUGAAUAUUUGA